AUGCUGGAUCUUGAGUUUGCUGGUACGGGUUGGGCAACUCGCGAUAACGCCACGAUUGCCUUCGGCUGUAUCAUAGCCUAUAGUGUGAUUCGAAGCAUCUAUUUGAUUUGGUUUCAUCCUUUAGCAAAAUAUCCUGGACCCAGAAUUGCUUCAGUUUCCAACGUCUGGUACGGAUACCAAUGGCUGUCCGGUCGCUAUCCUUGGGCAAUGCAACGAGCCUUCAAAAAUUAUGGCGAUGUUGUUAGAAUUGCACCCAACGAGCUGAUCUUCAUAACUCCCAAAGCCUACACAGACAUCUACACCAGCAGCAUCAAUGGACGGCCUGGCUUUGUCAAGUCUGACAUGCUCGAUACCGGGGACAAGUACGAGGGCUUAGCUUCGGAAAGGGAUAUCGACAAGCACCGGGCUGCCCGCAAGCAAUUGGCUCCUGCAUUUAGUCCCCGGUCUUUAAAGCAGUAUGAACCCAUCAUUCAUGCCGACGUGGACGAGUUUGUCGAAGUGCUCAAGAAUUCACCUGCGACUGGAGCGGGGGUCGACAUUGCUCCAUGGUUUGAGAGAGCCACUUGUGAUCUUGGUGGCUCGAUCACACUCGGCCACAAUUUCAAAAACAUCCAGUCUGGCCAAAACCACCCUAUCUUAGAGUCACUGUUGCGCAUUGGUCACUGGGCCACAUUCCGCAACGUCAUGCGCCGCUUUCCCCUGCUCUACCCACUAUCCUAUGUCUUUCUGCCGCCAAAAGUGGCGUUCAGCUACUUCAGAGCUCACUCGACGAGUAAAAAGCUCAUCAGAACUCGUGUCGAGGAGCGUCACGACCGCAAGGACUUGGAUUACAUGACCCAAUUUCUGAAGAACGAGGAGGCGCUCCCGCCAGAUGGUUUCCUCGUGUCUCAAGCCGGCCAUCUCAUUCUUGAUCAUUACGAAUCUUCGAGUGUCUUGACGGCGGGUAUGUGUUUCUUGACAACGAACGAUGAGGUCAUGAACAAGCUACAGAACGAGUUGAGAACGACUUUCAAGUCGUAUGAAGAUAUUACGGAGGAUAAGCUUCAAGAUCUGCCCUGGCUCAAUGCUACUAUUGAGGAAGUCAUUCGACUUCACACCAAUGUUCCUUACGGACUUCCAAGAAUCAGUCCUGGUCACAUUGUUGAUGGGAACUACGUGGCAAAAGGCGUCGUUGUUUCGUCCUGCGCAUAUGCUACGACUCACUCGGAGAAGUACUUCAGCAAGCCGUACGAGUUCAAGCCUCAGCGAUGGCUUCCUAAAGAUCAUGCAGAGUAUGACCACGUUUUUGAUGGUGAUGACCGAGCUGCCUUUAGGCCUUUUAGUGCCGGAUCUCGCAAUUGCCUUGGCCAAGCCAUGGCCUACCUGGUGCUUCGUAUCAUGUUCGCAAAGCUUUGCUGGAAGUUCCAGUGGGAGCUCUUGAACAAGAAUGAGAUGGACUGGGAUCGGGAUCUUCGACUCUACAUUGUAUGGCAAAAGCCAAAUGUGCACGUUCGCAUUACUCCUUUCGAGCGAAAGGUAUGA